GUGGCCCAAAUGUGGGCGGGAACGUGGCCACGGAGCCGCCUGUGGAACUUCCCGGCGCGAGGGUGGCGGCUGCGGCGGCGCUGGGACAAUGGCCGGAGGGCGGGAUGGGGGAGCCGGAACGGUGCGUCCCCGAACGUUCCACGAGCGGCGGUUGGCGACGGUUGAAGCACCCGCCAAUCCCUCGCGCGCCGUCCUCACGCGAGUGGGCCGCGCGCUUCCCGCCUUUCGCGCGCCAUGACCAAAGACAGCCCCUCAGGAGGAGGAGGAGGAGGAGGGGGCAGCGGGGGGACUCCCCUUCAUCCGGGCACUCCCCGCCUGUCCCCCCGCAAGGCUCCGUCCCAAGCCCUCGGCGGUGCCGCCGGGGGGAGCGCGGCCUGCUCCGGCCUCGGCGGCUGCCUUCCCCCUCCUCCUAUUCCUGCCGCGCCGCCGCCGCCCUUCCACGAGGACCACCGCCGGGAGCUGGAAGCGGUGCGGGCGGAGCUGGAAGCCGAGCGCCUGCGCUCCCAGGAGGCCCGCCGCCGCUUCGCCCUCGAGUCCCGGGAGCUGCGCGAGGCGGCCGAGCGCGACCGGCAGCUGCUGGCCGACCAGCUCCGCUCCAAGUGGGAGCAGCAGCGGGCCCGCGAGCUCCACCAGCUGAGGGAGGCCAGCGCCCGCCAGCGCGAGGCCGAGAUCCGGCAGCUGCUGCGCUGGAAGGAGGCGGAGCUGCGCGAGGCCCAGGAGCUGCUGCAGCGGGAGCGCGACGCCGCCAUGCGGCAGGCCCGGGACCUGCAGCGCCAGCUGGCCGAGGAGCUGGUCAGCCGCAGCAACCGAGGAGCAGGAGGAAGCGGCAGCAGCAGCAGCGUGGCCGGCCUGAGUGGCGAGUGCCGCGCCAAGCUCCAAGAGGUCCUGGGCAAGCUCCGCUGGGACGUCGACGGCGACCAGGCUGCCCGCAUCCGCCACCUCAAGGCCGAGCUGGAGCUGGAGCGGAGCCUCUUCCUGAAGUAUAUCCUGGAGCGCUUCGAGGGGGAGCAUGCCCCGCCCGGCUCCCCGCAGAGGUCCAGGCAGCAGACCCCCUCCCAGCCGCAGACCCACCACCACCAGCAACAGGGCCCCAAAAUGGGCAAGAGCAGGCCUCGCUCUUUGGAGAGCCUCAUCACCGCCUGCUCCCCGGACAGCGGGACAGCCUCCAAGUCCCGCUCCCUGGAUAGCAACCUGAGCAGAUGCCAGCCUCAGAACCACCACCACCACCAUGCCCUGCUGGAAGGAGGGAGCCCCAUGGACGAAGGCAGUAGCCUGCAGCAGCAGUUGGAGCCCGAGAAGGCUUCCUUGGAAAAAGAGAAGGCGCGCUUGGAAGAAGGGGCCAAAGAAGAGGAGUCUGCAGAUGCUCCUCCAGAAGGGAAAGGGUGCGGAUUGGGCUCGGUGGGUGAAGGUGCGCCUCUGGUGGCCCAGCAGCAAGACUGGCUGUCGGGCAGCAGUUACGACCAGCUGGUGAAGCAGAACACGGACCUGGUGCUCGCUCUGGAGGAUCUAGAGCAACGGUGCACUCAUCUCAAGGAGGAGAACGCCCUGCUGAGGAAGAGCAGCUUCCCAGAGAUGCAAGACAAAGUGAAGCGACUGAAGAGGAAGAACGCGGAGCUGGCAGGCAUCGCCAAGCGCCUAGAAGAAAGAGCCAAGAAACUGCAAGAAUCCAGCCUCAAGGUUGGCAGCACCCCAAUACCUUUAGCUCUGACUUGCUCUGAUGCGGACCUGUACAAAAGCACUUUUGCUCGGCAGCGGGCAAAAGACCUGAGUGAACAAGCCAGUGUUUUGCUGACUAAGGAUCAGCAAUUAGAAGCCUUGCAGAAGGAGUGCUGGGAACUUCAGGCCAAACUGUCUGCAGGCAAGGAGAGCACCUAUUUGCUCAAUAUCAGUGAUUUUGAUCGCUUACUGCGAGAGUCUCAGAGAGAAGUGCUAAGACUGCAAAGGCAAAUAAUGCUUAAGAACCUAAGGGAAUCUCUUCAGUCCUCCAAAAUGGCUGCAAAUGAUACUUCUUUGUCAGUUGUCAUUCAGGAAACAUCAUCGGUGGACACAUGUUUAGAAGACUCAUCUUUGCCAAAGGAGGUGCCAAAAACAUUGAAUACAUUGGUAAAAGAUGUAGAAUCAGAAGCACUAGCAUUGGGAAAUGGUGCUAAGAACAGUGAAAACAGUACUUUAAAAUCAGAUUCAGAUAGUGAGUAUCAUUUACAGACUCUGAAAAGGAAACUUGCUGAAAAAAUCAAGCAGUGUGAAAACCUUAAACAUGACGUGGAUGAAAAACAGAAGAGAUGCAAUGAUUUGGAACUGCAGCUUAAUGAAGUACUGAGUGAAAAUGACAGGCUUGCGAAGGAGAACUCUGAACUGCAUGAGAAAAAUGAGCAGACAGAAAAGAUUCAAAAUGAAAAUGCUGAGAUAAAGGUGAAACUCAUGCAGGCAACUGACAAUCGAAAUUCUGCAGUUCAGGUGACUAAAGGACUUGAAAUCAAAGUGGAGAAUUUAGAGCAAGUAAUUAGGAACAUGAAAGAGACAAAAGAAAGACGGCAACAGUUAGAAUGUGAACAUGAGAAAACCUUAUUAGUGCUGCAAAAGAAAGAGGAAGAAAUACGACAGCUGCAGCAAAUACAGACAGACAUAAAAAGAGAACAUGAAGAAGCGGUACAGCUACUUGAAGCUCAAGUGAAAGAGUUAGAAAAUCAGUAUCAUAGUCAGACUGAACACUUUAAUCUUCUGUCAGAAGAACUUGAGCGAUUACAAAUAAAAAAAUCUGGACUGAUGGAAUCGGAAUUAUCAUAUGCAACAUGCAAUUCGAAAGCAAUAAACUGUCCAGAAAAAUGGGGGCAAGAUACCUGCCACAACAGACUCCAUUGUAGUAAGAGUAUCAAUGAUGAAGACUCUGCAUCCAUGGGUUCUGUUGGCUUGACCCCAAAAGUUAAAGCAUUAGAAUCUCAGUCAAAUUCAUCUGCAUCUGAAUCCAUGCAGAACAGCUCUAAAUCUUGCCUUAACCCAGAAGAAGAUACGGCAGGUGAAGCAGAAGAACUAGAGGCAGAUAAAGUUUCUAUAAAUCAACAACUAGAACAUCAAGGUUCUUCAAAACUUUCUGUGUUCUUAGCAAGAUACAGCUAUAAUCCUUUUGAUGGUCCUAAUAAGAAUCCCGAGGCUGAACUUCCACUUACAGCUGGAGAAUAUGUUUAUAUCUAUGGGGAGAUGGACGAGGAUGGUUUCUAUGAAGGGGAGUUGAUGGAUGGCAGAAGAGGGAUGAUACCCUCAAAUUUGGUAGAAGAAGUUUCAGGUAAUGAUCUAAUAAGUUUUGUUCCUUCAGAGUUGAGUGACGUUUCUUAUCAUUCCUACCGUGAAAUGGGUUUCCCUUGCCAAAGUGCCAGUAGUGAAGAAAAAAGUGACAGCCCUGACGAAGAUGUGUGUGUGAAUCUGCUGCCUGACAGACUGGGAGGAGGACUAUGUGAUGAUCAGGCAGCAGUGCCUUACCCCCAGAAUCUGACUCUUAUCAAACAGUUUGCUAGUUCUGUUGUUAUAGGCUGGGAUCCACCACAUAUGCUAGAUAGCUGGGGAGAAGUGCAUAGCUAUAACAUCUUUGUCAAUGCAGAUUUAUGUCACAAUGUGAAAUAUGGCAGUCAGAUGAAAGCAGUGAUUGAGAACCUGGAUUUAAAGUUGCAUUCUUAUCGGAUCUCAGUUCAAAGUGUGACGGACAAAGGAAAUUCCAAUAAGAUGCAAUGUACUUUCCUUGUAGGAAACAUUUUUCAUAUUGCACCAACACUUCUGGAGCUUCGGAGUAUCACUGCAACAUCAGCAAAAAUCACGUGGUUGCCAAGCAACAGUAACUAUACUCAUUCAGUGUACCUUAAUGAAAAGGAAUAUGGUGUAACAAAGGCAGGGAUCUGUUGGUAUACUUUCCAAAACCUUAGACCCAGUACACAGUAUGGUGUAAAAGUGGAAGCGCUACUUCAUAAGGAAGUAUUGGUGUUUCCUAUGGGGAAUUUGGAGAAGAAAUCAACAGCAGUUACAUUUACUACUCCAUCAGCAGGACCACCUGAUGCUCCCCUUGAUGUCCAAGUACAACUUAGUUCUUCUGCAGAGUUUCUAGUUAUUAGCUGGUUACCUGUAACAAUUGAUGCAGUAGGAUCAUCCAACGGAGUGAAAGUCACUGGCUAUGCAAUUUAUAUUAAUGGACAGAAAAUAACAGAAGUCACAUCACCAACAGCUGGAAGUGUAUCAUUAGCAGUGCCUCAACUAAAUUUGUUCCAAGGGUCUUGGAAGGUUUCUGUAAGAACUGUGUCCCCGUUUGGGGAAUCUGAGGAUUCUGUGCCAGCUUUAAUCCCUCUCACUCUUUUAAAAGUUCCUAAUUCUUUACUGUCAAAGUGUGUUGCCUCUGGCCAGGCCUCUGAGUUGACUUUCAAAGAAUUCUUGGCGUCUGAAGAUAGGCACAUCUCUGCAACAACUACUACAUCUUCAUCUGUUUUCUCACAUAUGUGCAUGGCCAAUGCAGACAGUAAUUUCACCAUUCACUUCACUUCUGAUUGCAAAGGAUCUGUAGUUCCUAUGCCAGUGAACAUUUCUCAGAAUCAUGUGUCCUCUUCUACACUGACAAUUUUGCACAAUGCAAGAAAUAAAGAUGAGGAUGAUUUCACUCUGCACACAUCUGUUGGGAAGCAAUCUUCAGAACAUGUUUUUCCUCCGUCAAGGUGUGAUGGAUCACCCAGUUCCACACCAACAGUAGUUGAAAGAGAAAUGUCAGAAGAACAUUCUCUGACUAAAACAGCCAUAGGUAAAAACCAGCCAGACACCAGCAAGAUCAAGGUGUAUACAAUGACCCAGUGUACCAAUAUGACAGCAAAAGAUUCAACUUUCCAAUACCAUAUUGAGAAUUCUGGUGCAGCCUGCUUGCAUCUUGAGCCCAAUAUUUCUUCUAUAGAGUUUGAACUGAAGAAGGACAGUUCUAGAGAUGCAGGAAUGUGUAACAUCUGUUUUCAGGAAGAACCAGGUUGUUUCUCUGAGAAGAAACACAUGAAGCAGAUUAAACAGUUAUGCAAAGAACUCUCUAAUCUGAGUGUGUCUAAUGUUGAAACAGAGGAAGAACAAAUACCAAGAAAUGAAAGUUGGAAGACUCCUCUUGAUGACCACAACCAUGUUUCAGAUCUUUCAGAUAUAGAGGAAGAGAACCAAGAAUAUAUAAUGAACAUUUCUUGCCGAGAAGACUCAAAACCACAGGAGAGGUCAAUAUCUCCUGUAGGACUGGCAAAAGAUAAGAUUAUAACCAUGAGUCUGAGAGUUGAUCGAUCAGUGCCUCAUUCAGGCACUCAAAGCAGCUUUGUUUCAGGAGAUACAAUGAAUGAUGACCCAGGAAGGCUUUUUGUAGCCCUUUUUGAUUAUGAUCCCAUAAGGAUGUCGCCUAAUUCUGAUGCAGCUGAGGAAGAGCUACCCUUUAGAGAGGGACAAAUUCUAAAAGUGAUUGGUGACAAAAAUGCUGAUGGAUUUUACAGAGGUGAAUGCGAAGGAAAGAAAGGGUAUAUUCCCUGCAACAUGGUAUCUGAAAUGUACAUUGAGAGUAAGGAAGUGAAAGAACAUCUAUUAAAGACAAGUUAUAUUACAGAUGAAAACUUAUGAAGAGGUUAUAUCUACUGGAUUGAGGAGAGGGCACUGCUGCUGUUUGGAUCAAAGCCAUAUUAAGGACAGGUUUGGGAGCUACACUUCGAAUACAUUCCCUAUUAUUUGUAUUAAAACACCUUAUUUAUUAAAAUAUUUGCAGAGUU